AUGUCCGAGCGCAAGUACGGUAAAGGCAAAGCGGUCACCAAUGCCAAGUGCCCGCAAUGGUCCCAAAUUCCAAUCGCACACGGCGCGGAGGAUAAGAGUGUCAAGACUGAGCCGAAAAAGAAGGAGGUGGGGCAGCGCAGCGAUAACGGCGAUGGAUUGCAGUCCUGGGUGUGGACUGUGGAAUAG